ACCCCCCGAGGACCUCCCCGAAAGCCUAAACAAUCCGGCCACGCUCUCUGGGUGGGGAACCUACCCCCAAGCGCCAAUGUGGUGGAUCUCAAGGACCACUUUUCCCGCGACGCGACCAACGAUAUCGAAAGCGUCUUCCUGAUAUCGAAAAGCAACUGUGCAUUUGUGAACUACAAGACCGAGGAAGCCUGCGGCGUAGCACUGGCACGGUUCCACGAUUCCAUGUUUCAAGGGGUUCGCCUUGUCUGCCGCUCACGUCGAGGGUUGACUACACCCGGACCAAGCGCAUCCCAUUGGGGGACGACUGGGGGCUCUUCAUCAUUCGAAGAGGCUAAGGAUACAUUAGACACGCCGGCCGAGAGCUCCGAGUCGCAGAUGACUCGUCAGACGAACCCGGAAGAGAUCAGGCACUUGGGCGACACUCGGUUUUCGGAGAGGUACUUUAUUGUAAAGAGCUUGACGGUUGAAGAUCUUGAACUCAGCAGACAGAGCGGGAUCUGGGCUACACAGACACACAACGAAGAUGUUCUCAAUCGGGCUUAUGAGUCCGCAGGCGAUGUCUAUUUGAUCUUCUCAGCAAACAAGUCCGGGGAAUAUUUUGGGUACGCUCGAAUGAUCUCCCCGAUAAACGAAGAUGAAAACCUCGCAUUGGAGAUGCCGCCGCGACCAGACCGUCCCGUUACCGAGUCCGAAGACAUAGAGGUUGUGAUCACCGAGGCGACUUCUACCGCUCCCAGGGGAAGGAUCCUCGACGAUUCGGCAAGAGGGACAAUCUUCUGGGAGGCAGAGUCAUCCGAGGAUGAUGAGGACGAUGAUGACGCCAAAAGUGAACGAAGUUUUGAAGAGACAACAGUAGCAGCAGCAGCAUCAACAACAACAGACAACGCCCAGUGCCCCGUUGGCCAAUCAUUUGGGAAACCGUUUCGCAUCGAGUGGCUCUCCACGGAGCGGGUGCCCUUCUACCGCACUCGCGGCCUGCGCAAUCCAUGGAACGCCAAUCGAGAGGUGAAGAUCGCACGAGACGGUACCGAGCUGGAGCCCACUGUUGGCAGGAAACUUGUCCAGCUCUUCCACACCCCACCACCA